UUCAAUUAGAGUGAAUUAUCUUUAUAAGAAAAAUAAGCUGGAUAGUUACGAGGAAAAUUCCGGCAUGGAUGUUGAUCCACUACCCGGGAGCUCUUCAGGCUUAUCAACCUCAGUAGUUUUGCAAACCCUACCGAAGAUUGAUGAAAAUGAUGUUUUGAACUCCAAGCCGCCCAAAGAAAGAAUACUGGAAAUGCUUGAUUUGUUGGAAAUUCAUGUUGAGAAACUUAGGAAAGGUGCUAGUCAACUGGAGGAAGACAAAGAUGCAUUGCUAUCCUCUCUAGAUUCUGUCAUGAAUGCAGAUUUAAUGUAUGACCUUGAAGACAAUGAUAGAGAUGAUGUCAAUAGAUAUGCAGAUCGUAUAGUGAGUAGAUGUCUGACAGUAGAAGUUAAAGUACUCACACAACGUGACAAAAUGCAGGAAGAAGCUCUUUUCCAAGUUAACCAUUUGAUUGACGGCCUUGUAGUUGCCUUAAAGGUGGAUCCAGAGGCUGCCCAAUCCAAAUGUGUCAGCUAUAUGAAUGCCUGUUCCUCAAAUGUGGAAGGCAUAACAAAUAAGAAUUUUGAGUCUGCUUUGCUUGGAUGUACCAUCGAUGAUCAGAAGAAAGUUAAAAGACGACUACAGGGUCUCUUGAAGUAUUUUGAAAAGAUGGAAUUUACUUCUCUGCAGUAGUAUCGUAUACAUACAUUCUUCAACAACUUAUAUUUGCUUCAAAAUCAUAAUAAUAUGUGACAUAAGACUAAUAUGAGGACUUGAAGUAUGCUUUUUCCUAUCCAUUGAUAAUUUAUUCUGAUUUAGAUUAUCACCCUGGGAUUAGGUUCCUAUAACUUGAUUCCAUUUUGAUUUUAUGGAAGAUCAAUAAUUAGUUAUAUUAUGGUAAACAUGUUGUGAUAUUGUUUUUUAAAUUUACAUGUGCAAGAUAUUCAAAUAAAAUAUCGAACAAUGUAGAUCAACUAAUCUAAAUCAAGGAUGAAAGGUCUCAAAGUCAUCUCCACUAAGUUAAUUAGCGAAUAUGCAGUUGAUCCUGCUUCAAAAAGGUUUGAAAGCACUUGCCAAUCUCAUAAGCUUUUGAAGCAUAAUCGCUAAUCUAAUAAAUUUUGUGGAGACCACUUUAAGAUAUUUCUAGAUGAUUCCGCUCCACUUCGAAUAUGGACUAGUUCAGAAGAUUAAUCUAAAUUAGCUAUGAAAAUUGUGAUUUUUGGUUUUGGUUUUCAUGAAGAACUAUAAUUCUCAUACUGCAAUUAUUGAACCAUCUUAGAACUAUAUAUCCUUAACUUUUUACUAUAAGGUUUGUGUAUUCUAAUAUAAUGAAGAAAUCAUAAGGUUUUUAUAUACACAAUUCAUUUCAUGUUUUCUAUUCAAUAAUGUAAAAAUGUCAAUUGUAGAUUCCAGAGCAUCGAAAACUAAUGGUUGUGAAUUAAAUAGUAUACUUACCUCUUUCCACCUGGGUCUAUAAUAUUCUAUUUCCUGCUAUGAUGAGGUUAUCAUACUCAUUUAUCAUCUGAUUGCUUGAAUCAAAGUUAUUUGCAAAUCGAGCCCAUUCCAAAAUUUAGUCAAUUGUACUUACCAUAUAUUUGUAGCUAGUUUGGAUUCAAUGUUCUUUGAAUAAUAUGGGAAUAUUGUUUAACAUCAUUGGUACAUAGUUAAUUUUCAAAUGUAUAAUAUUUGAAAAAAUAAUCUUGUCUGGGAUUGGUAGGUACCUUGAAGAGUUAGGUUAUUGAUACUUUUUUAUGACACUGAUGAUGUUUCCUUGAUAGCCUUAAGUACAAAACACUCUGAACAUACCAGGAAUUCCAUUCAAGACUUAAUGUAUGUAUUGAAUAUUUGUUAUUAAAAUUGAUUUUUAAUUGAAACGAA